AUGGACAAGGCCAACAAGAUACCGGAGUUCAGGAAAUGGCUCUCCGCAGUUAAGAGCAUUGACGAGGAGAUCCGCGAAAAUUUGAAAGACUUCGAACGCAUUGCGAAUCGUAACCACGAGAACAACUGUCGCAUCAAUCCCGCUCAGCGAACCCUCGUGUCAUGGUAA